UUUGCAAUGUGUGAAGGGCGCAAGUUUACUAAGAUUUGUUAUAAAUUUCAGAUAUCUUCAAUAAAUUUUUCGUAUUUUUUAUUUAAAUUUGAAUACUUUUCUUUAUAAAAUUGUAUUCAAAUAUAUUAAACAGUUUUGGUACUGUCAGUUCGUCUAUAUUAUUGGAGUGAUAGAUAGGUACCAAGAUGUCGGUGAUACUCUUCUGUAAUUUUGGCAAGAAAAAUAUAUUUGUAUAAUCACUUCAGCCCUUGGAAACUUAUUUGAAGCUAUAAAUCGUGUGAAUGUGUAAAUAUCGUAGAAUACGUCAAUAUGAAUCAACUCGCUGACGAUAACGUGCAAAACGUCAAGAAUAGUCUAAAAUCGACGAGCACGAAAAACAAAAAUAAAACCGCCAAAGAUAACUCGCCUUCUAAAACGACUGACGAGGUAAGAAUAGUGAACGAAGAGAAUUUAAGUGCGGCGUUAGCUAGUACUUUACAUGUUAACAACAUAAAUAGCAACCUAACAAAUGGUACAAGUGAUCACUCUAAAGAGGACAAGUCGGUCGACAAGGCCAGUGCGGUCGAAGACGUGAGAGAUGUAAAUAGUAUACAAUCAAUCGACGCUAGCAAUGGGGAGAGCAGGGAGCCGUGUGGAUCGGACGUGGACAGAAACGCCUUAGUAGCGACCGUGGGGAACCUUGAAAACACGUUCCACCAGCAAGGUCAAUCCACGCAAGGUGAGAUCGACAUCAUAUCAUACGAGUCCGAACUACAAAUGCCUGAAAUCAUGAGAGUCAUACAGAAGGAUUUAUCUGAACCCUACUCAAUCUACACUUAUAGAUAUUUUAUACAUAACUGGCCUAAGCUGUGUUUCUUAGCCACAGAUGAUGGGAAAUGUAUUGGUGCCAUUGUAUGUAAGCUAGACAUGCAUCGGAAUGUGGUGAAAAGAGGAUACAUUGCUAUGUUAGCUGUGGAUGAAAAAUACAGGAAUAAGAGAAUUGGUUCGAGACUGGUACGAAAAGCAAUACAGGCAAUGAUUAAUGACAAUGCAGAUGAAGUAGUAUUAGAAACUGAAAUUACCAACAAACCUGCCCUCAUGCUAUAUGAGAAUUUGGGGUUUGUGCGUGACAAGCGUUUAUUUAGAUAUUACCUCAACGGUGUGGACGCAUUGCGGUUGAAGCUAUGGUUAAGGUGAAAAUUGUAGGUAACCAAUGGGAUGUUCUCAAUGUUGUGUUUAUAAUUCUGGAGGCUGCACCUCGGGCAUAGCUAUGAUAAAGUGAAACCCUGCUGCUAUAAACGAUAAUCUGAUUAUAUGUAAUCUGCUAUUGAGUCUGCCUGUGGAUUUAGCCAAAUGUAUAGUUUGUUUCAAUAAUUUUAUCGUCUUGUGAUAAGUUUAUAAUUUAUGAGUAAAAAUUGUUAAUAAAAUGAAUUAUCUGUCUUCUUUUAUAUCUUGCAUAUAAAGGUUUAAAAUGAAUGGUUAAAUGUCCAAGCUAAAAUACACAACUUUGAAGAAUUAU